GGCUCUCCGAGACUAAGCUCCCCGAGGACACCCAGAGCGGAUCCUCACAAGUUCGCUUCUGGUGGAGGAGGUAACCGCUUGGAGGUCCGCACGCAUCCUGAAGUUGGGGUUUAUGUGGAGAAUCUGCAGGAGCUCCCUGUGGAGAAUCUCCGGGAUGUGGCGCGGCAUGUGGCCAGAGGUGAAAGGGCAAAGAAAGUGGAAAGGACCACAAUGAACGAUCGAUCCAGCCGCUCUCACACCAUCUUCUCCUUUAAGGUGGAGUUGCGUGGUGCAGCACAGCACAACAGCCUCUCCAACAUGCAGAUCGUGGACCUUGCGGGCCGCGAGAAUGAGCAAACCUCCGAAUGUAAGGAUGAACGCUUCCGAGAGCUCAGGUACAUCAAUCGAAGCCUCUUCGAAUUAGCCAAUUGUAUCUUCGCUCUUUGUGAUGGCAACCGCGAGCAUGUGCCAUUUAGGAAUUCCAAACUGACCAUGCUGC